AUGUUCGGUUCUCUACUACGCAAUCAAUUUCUUCAUUCUGGAGUUCAGUCCAGUUUCUUCACCGCAACCAGAUUGGGCACGACCUCAAGUGUUAGGCUUUCGCUUAAGCCAUCUCGAAUGAGCUUUGGCCAUCUACCCCGGAUACGAGUGCAACAGUCCAGCGCGCCCAAGUUGGGCCUUCUUUUGGGAGCUCUAGGCUGCUAUGGUGUUGGCUCUAUAGCCUCGUCGAAUUCGGUGAUUCACAAUGAUGUUGGCCUGAGACAGCAACCGGCAUUUGCUACCGACAUUCCAACACUCAAACCAGUCCACGAUAAGGCCUUUGGUGGGAAACUGGAUUACUCUCAAUUGACCAUGGGAAGCCUUUUCGGGUUCAUUAUUGGGGUUGUUAUUGGCAAAUUGAGCAGUGUUCUUGUUUUUGUGACAGUUUCCAGUUUCCUGACCUUUCAGUUCUUGAGGUCGAGAGGAAUCGUCACCAUGCCUGUCUCGAGGAUCGUUAAGCUAGGCACCAACAGAGUUGACGUUGGAAAACUGUUUUUUGAUCAACCCAGUUUCAACGUCAGUUUUUUCCUCGCCUUUGUAGUGGCUGCCUUCAAUGUCUGA